CCGAGACAUCACAUCACGAGACAGAUCUCAGUGCGCGAUCUAUCAUACUCUGAAAAUUAAAGUGAAGUUUUGAAAAAUACCGAGUGGGGCUUGUGAGAAACUCGUGACUGAUCUCCCGAGUUCUUUUCCUGUUGAAUUAACCGAAUAAAAAAAACAACAAGUGCUGAUGUUCAGUGAAAUAUACCAACCAUAAACUUUAAUCGUAAAUUGCCCGAGUUUUUUCAAAGUGGUGAAUAGGGUGGAUAGUGGGGUUGAGUGACAGUGGGAUAACGGUAAUGGGAGUAAAGGAGAAGAAGAAAAAACAAGAAGAUCGUCAACUGUCGAGUGAGGUGGUGGGGGUGAGCCCUCAACUUUAAGAUUAAUUAAGUCGUGCCAAUUAGUUUCAGCUGGGAAUGGAUUUGACCAGUACGCUAAACCGAGAAGUUUAAAAUUUCUGUGGAAUAAAUUCAACUGGAGUGACAUCAAGGAGAACUUAAUUUUCCAAUCAACAAACUUUUCAUUAAUUAAAACACCAUGUUCUGAGGAAUUAUCAUCAAGUAAUUAUUGUGAUGAUUAUUCUGUGAUAGACUAUUGUCGGACUGAAAUGGAACUUCAACUACUUGGAAUAUGCAUUCUCACGUUUAUAUCAACAGGCGAAUCCGUGAGGACUGUACAACUAAAUAUACCGACAGUAGUGGAUCCACGACAAGAAAAAGUAAUGUUACGCUGUGACUACGAGUUGAGCCCUGGUGAGACACUUUACCAGGUCAGGUGGUACAAAGACGGUAACGAGUUCUUCAGGUAUGCACCAACAUUCAACCCUCCGGGUGAAGCCUUUAAUGUGACUGGUGUACGAGUUAGCAGAGUGGAUAGUAACGACAGAGUUGUUGUACUGUUUCAACGUACCAAUAUGCAACUUAACUUCGAAACAGGCACCAGCAUCGGUGGUACAUACGCCUGUGAAGUGAUGGCAGACCGUCCAUCAUUUGACACGAAGUACGAUCUCGGAAAUUUAACUAUUGCCGUACUACCACAGCAAAAUCCAGCCCUCGGGGGCCUUCGUUCUCAUUACCAACUUGGGGAUGUACUCGACGCUGAAUGCACAUCGGCGCCCAGUUACCCAACCGCUGAGCUAACUUUUUAUCUCAAUGAUAUUCAGGUGAAGAAAGCACUGACGAGGCAACUUCCAGAUUCGGGACGCGUCGAUGGCAAUGUCGUUUCGACAACUCGGCUGGGCUUGUCUCUGACACUACAGAGGCAAUACUUUAACGCAUCUGGCAGCCUGAGUCUCACGUGCAGAUCAAUCUUACCGGGUGUACCAGGUGCAUUACACCGUGAUACUAAGGUCGUCGUAUCACUCAGAGCUAACAACGAAAAACUCGCUCAAGAAGCGCCAACAGAUUCUAGCUCUCAUGUAUCGGUUGUUAAUUCACUAUUCAUUUUGACUGUUGCAUCGACAAUUCUAUGUUGAAGGCAUUUCGCCUACGAUGAUCGGAUGAAAGUGACUGUACUAAGAUAGAACAUUAGAGAUUAUUAAAUUUUCUUAACGACUGAUAUACUGUGAACAUGUUGAAGACCUUUCAGAGGUUUUUUUUCAUUAAUUAAGGGAAAGCGUCGGUGAAAUUGACAGGUUUUCACUGGGCCUUGGAACCCAUGGAAUUCAUUUUUCCAGUUUUCACCUUCAAAAUGCUCUUUGCGCCGCAAUUUUCAUACGAUUUUAGCUUUUUUAAAUGUUCGUAACACUCCAUACGGAGAG